CGCUGUCACGUGUUGGGGAAUCCCGCACCAGGUAGCUAUUGGCUCGGUGCCUUAGCUCCCCGUUGGCUGGGAAGGAGUAGGGGCGUGGCCUCAGUCACGUGCUGGGAGCCCCGCCCCGAGUCGUCAUUGGCUCCUCCAGCCGCUCUCCAUUGGCCGAGGUGGGGUGGCAUGGCGGGCGGCGAGGCCUGGCGGCCGCCGCGGCCGUGCGAGGACUACUGGUGGGAGUGGAAGCACUGCCGCGGGCUGCGCCACGCCUUCCACCACUACUACGCGCACGGGGAGCUGCCCGCCUGCGGCCGCUGGAGAAACGACUACGAGGCUUGCCGCGCCUGGGAGAGCGGCCGCGCCCCCGCCGCAAGGGAAGCUUUGUGUGAGAGUGAAAGAGCUCGAGUUAAGGAGAAGCAGAAAUACGCUCCAGUAUGGACACUCAGGAAGAGCCCACCACCAGACUGGUAUCUUCCCCUCGACCAAGACAAACCCAAUUAGCACAAAUGCUUUGGUCAGUAAUGUAACACACGGUGCAUAACUACACUGCAUUUUUUUUUGUCAGUGUCCUCUUGAAAUUAUACAACUGUAGCUCUGCCCUGCAGUACCUUAGUACUCAUUGAAAAAUACUGAGAGCUUAUUUAAACACUCAGUAUCUUUUAAAGGGAGAACUGAUGUGCUUCGUUUGGUUCUCAUCUCUUACUACUGUCUUAAGCUCUAGGAUUUCAUCUCAGCAGGCAACUCCCAAGUUAGUGCGUACAAGAUGUAGCUCCUCUUGCAAAGUGAGGACCUCUUCCAGAACAAGGGAACUACCUCAGCCCUGCCAGACAGGAAAACAAAGGAAAGCUGGGACUCCUCCCGGCGGGGAUUUAAGAGGAUUCCCUUUUUUCAGGGGUUAAGGGCUGCUCUCCUUAACCCUUGGCUGGAUGGUGCUGCAGACCCUGGCACUGCAACCCCACCCCUCGGUAGAACUGCUCUUGAAGGGUGGUGCGUGUUGAUGGCAGUAUUCACAAUUA